GUCUCACGUUGAGGUAAGAAAAUUUACACGCAGUUAAUCGGAUGCUGUAGCGAAAGGCGCGUGCUGCUUAAUCAAAUCACAGCUGAAAAAGGCCCGAGCUGCUGGAAGAGCUCCACCAUUCCCAUUUGUUUUAUCUUCAGACUUCAGAAGUGCGCAGUUUAACAGACCGCUGCUCAUCAUGGCUGUCGACGGAUGUGGACUCGUGUGCAAAUAUAUUCUCAUCCUUUUCAACAUCAUCUUUGCUGUGGUUGGGUUGGCGUUUUUGGGUCUCGGCUUAUGGCUCAGAUUUGGGCAAGACACCAGAGGGAUCUUUGAUAUCGACGCGCUCAACUCCAGCGCUUUCGUCAUAGGUGUGACUGUACUGAUCAUUCUCGGUUCAAUCAUGCUGAUUGUGGUGGUGUUCGGAGACUACGGCGCCUGCAAUGAGAAAAAAUGUGCCCUGCAAGUGUUCUCCGUCCUGCUCUUCUUUCUGGCUGUGGCUGAGUUUGUCAUCGGAGGACUUGCUUAUUCCAACAGCGACACGGUUGGACUGAAACUAGGAGAGUUUUACACAACUUUAUACACCCUCUAUGUGAAUAGCCAAGAUCCAGCAAUUGGUGUCACACUCGCAUUCAUCCACAACUCUCUGCACUGCUGUGGAAUGACCGGAGUGGCGCUUGUUGAGCUGGUGAAGCAGACCUGUCCUAAACCAGACGGUUUCAUGGAGCACCUCGUCAUGCCUAACUGUCCCGCUACCAUCGUCACCGUCUUCGACAGCCGGGCGCCGCUGGUGAUGGGCAUCUUCGUCGGAACUGGAGCUCUUCUGAUCGUAGCUCUGAUUUGCAGCGGAGUGCUCAGUUCACAGAUUCGCCAGGCCUCCUCAUCUCCUCAGUACAUUAUCCUGAACUCCAGCACCCCCUCCCUGGCUGCCCCUCAGCCGUACCCUCAGCAUGUCACCGCCUCCAACAACUCCUUCCCCAACCAGGACCCCGUCGUCUUCACGCCCCUCUCUGUGGUCAACAUCCCUGUGGCUCAGGCUUAGGAGGCUUCUCGACAGAUUCCAUUCUCGCUGUUGUGGAUUUGUGUUGUUCCACAGGGUCUUGACGUGACAAACCCUUUGCUUCACUCGGCAUGAUCACGCUUGAGCUUCACACUUUGUAGAAGGAAAAAAAUCCCCUCCUCAGAUAUCUAAACCGUACUUUUGGGAAGAUCAUUCUCCUAGAAAUUGGGACAAGCAACUGUUCUGAUGCAAUCGUUGGGUUUUUAUUGGUCAGAAGUUUGCACACCCCCAGCACGGACAUGAAUUUCAUGAUAAUUAAAACUAACGGUAACACUUUGACGUGGUGUGCACAAGACUGACAACAUCUGCAUUGAACAUGAAGGAAUCUUUAUGAAUGUCUGACUUUUGUCAUGAAGUGUUAUUCGGUAAAUAAUGACACUUUUAAUGUAAAGUUGCUGUAAAAGUUGCAUUAAAAAGUCCAUAAUGUCCAUUAGAAGUUCCAACUUUGUAUUAUUUGGUAAAUAAUGACACUUUAAUGCAAAGUUGGCACUUUUAAUGGACUUUAGUGCGAUGUUUAGAGCAACUGUGCAUUGUCUUUAUUUACCAAAUGACAUCAGUCAGACAUUCAUAAAGACUCCAUGUUUAUAACCGGUGUUAUGUCAGCCUUAUGCACACCCCGAGAAAAUAAAGUGUUGCCAAACUAAAUGUGUUAUUUUUCAGGAAUGGCUACAACAUAGAACUUCUCUAUUGUUUCAAAAACAAUAACUGAAUGAACAAGUUGUUAUUUAUCAGAGCUAUUUCAGGGUCAAAAUUACAUGGACAUCAACUUAAACAUUGUUGGUUUUCUAUUAGUCGGCAAAAGAAGGUCAACAUUAAGAUACUGUUGAAGGUUAUGGACUAAAAAACAAAUUUGUGCCAGGAAAUCUAAGUCAUUUCUGAUUAGAAAAGUUGUCAAAAUAUUCAGACAUUUAUGGCCGUGACAAUUGACUGGAUGCAAACUUCUGACCAGAACCACGUUUGUCAACCACCAAGUAGAAACAAAUGAUUUCCGUUCCACUAAUUGGAGCAACGCUCACUGUUAAUUCUCCCACUCAGUCUUGUUCUCACCUUCUUUAAUCUAACAGAUGUUGAUGUAACAGGCUUGGAUUUUUGUCCAUCAAAUGUUUUCUUAGACAAACUCAUUUUCUGACUUCACAGAUGCUUUUUGUGUGUGUGUGUGUGGGGUUUGUGUGUAAAUCUUCCAGGUGGCUGGUUUAAAUUUGUGAAAACGUGGUAGAGGUGGGAGCGGGACAUUCUGGUGUUUUCAAGCAUGAAUGUAGGAGCCUGGCACUAAAAUCCAUCCUGAACGAUCAGAUCUCCGUUAGCCGCUGUGAAUGUACGCUGACCUCGGGACUAAUCCGUUACCCGAUUCGGCGUUUCGGUUGGACGUCAGUGCCAGGUGUGCGCAGGGCGUCUCUUUCCCCUUCGCUGUUCUUUACUUCCCUCCUUCUUUGUCUGCAUGACAGAUCACUGCCCUGGUCUGCGCCGUUGUCCUCCUGCAACAGGUCAAGAAAGUGCACCAGGACGUCACCGCUUACUAUUCGUCUGUGUACUAAGUCG